AUGGUGCUAUACAAGAGGAAAGCGAUAACUCUCCCGGAUCCCAAACCACUGCCGGUAGAUAUAAACAUUGAAGUAUGGCAUAUUGAUGAGACCGGUGAGUGGUUCGAGACUUACGAAGAAUAUUUGACGAGGUUUGAUUUUUACGCUCGUCACCAUUUCACAUGCGAGAUAACGGGAACUUCCUGUUUAACUUUUUUCGAAGCUCUUGAUAGUGAAGAAACUCAGUUUCGUUACGUCGAGGAGAGAUUUCCCCUCAAAUUGCGAGAGCCGGUAGCUCGCUUCUUGCAUUUCAAUGGCAUCAAAAGGCUGGAUGCCCUAGUGGAAAACGUAUAUGCGAGAUUCAAAAAUGACUUUUUCCCCGGUGAGACCGUUUACUUGAGGAAGAAUAAUAAGGACCUGUUGGAUGGAUCACCAAGUCAGGCUAGUCCACAACGAGAGGAUACACCUUUCAAAGGCUCCAGUCGGGAUGAAUCGACGCAACCUCAAUAUCAGAAACCAUACAUAAUUAAAGAGAAGGCACAAUUCAACGCGAGUAUGGAUGCGCAAACGGGAGAGAUUAUCAUGCCAGCUUACUCAAAGUAUAUGCUCAUUGAAGAAAAUCAUGGUAAUAAAUCGCUGAUUGCAGAUCAAUCGCAACUUUAUCGAGAUCGCUCAACAUUUACCAAGCAUUUGAUAAAGUGCUUUUGCAAGAUAACACUGAAAAGGGCGUCUUCUAAAAUGGGGGCUCCGUGGGCUGUUAAAGAAGAGUACUUACCGAUGUAUGGUUUGACAAUGGAGUGGCCGCUAGAAAUGAUAAAGUAUAAAGAAGAUGAUGUAUCUGAGAGUACGAAAAAUAAGCGAGAUAGAUCGGAAGAAGACAUCGAGGAUACAUUACAAAACGGAAGUAAAAACGUGGAGGAGUUGGGAGAAACUAAUAGAGAUGAAGUCGAGGAAGAAUCAUCCAAACGAAGGAAAAAUGACGAGCCAAGGGAAGAAUCUGUAACUUAUGAGAAUUCCGCAGCACCAGCAAUAACUAGCAUCGUCGAAGAUUUGGUAUUGCCUUUCCAGGGGCCCGCAAGUAUAUUCGAUAAAUUGUAUUGCUACAAUGAAUUUUUAGAGUCUGUUCCUGUGAAUGAGACUUCAAUUAAGUCUUUCAAAAAUGUUGAGAAAUUGUUACAGGUUUUCCAAUUUCUUACCACCUUCGGUCCCAAAUUAUAUCUUUCAAACUUCAAUCUCGAUCAAUUCAUUACUUCAAUUAAAUGCACAGAUGCACACGAGUUGAAGGGGGAGGUGGUUUAUGUAAACUGUGCAAGUACCACUAAAGAAAAUGCUAAUGAUGACAUACCGUGCAGUAACUGGAGGCGAAAUGCUCAUUUUCGUCAACUAAUAGAGUCAAAAAACUCCGAAGACAUUAUUUACAGAGUUCUGAAAGACGAACCUGCAUCAGAGGAGGUGAUAGACAAUAUUAAUCACAACGGAUGUGGGUUAUUGAUAGAAGCAUUUGUAGCCGUGCUAAGGCUUUUCAUAAAUGAAGAAGGGGACUGGCAAGUAUUAGUUACUGGAGAAUGGUUGAGUGGUCCAGAUAACCAAGAAGUACCGCAUAAGGACAAAGAGACCUCUAGGACGGUCGAUAUUGAUACAGAAGACUCAGAGUAUGCAAGGAAAGACGAAAAUGAAAUAGAGGAAGACGAAGAGGAAGAGCAAGAGAAAGAGAAAGAGGAUGACGAAUUGAGCUCUGCAUUGGAUAACUGCCUGAAUUACCGAAAUGUUAACUGGGCAGAGAGACUGACGAAAAGACAAUUCAAUAAUGGGUUCUGGCUUAUUAUACUCAUGGGAAUUUUUGAUAGCUGCAAUCACAUACCGACAUAUACAAAUGCAAUGGAUAACAUCACAAAAAAGCUGAUUCCAGAGAAUAUAUCAUCUUCUCAGCUCUCUAAACAGCUUUGGAGAAAUUUUUGCAAAUUGUCGUUUGAAGAAAAAGUUACCUGUUUAUGGAUCUUGGUUGAUCUUGUGUCUAACUUUUCUCCAGAUAUUAAAUCAGCUGUUGACUUUUCGAUGGAUCUUUGCGGGCAAAUUAGGAGUGAGAAGUUUAAGAUAGCCAAGGAUUUAAAAUCUGAACUUUCAACUCUGAAUAAUCUACAAGCAACCUUGAACAACCUUGCAGAAGCGGAAACUGUAGAUGAAUCUGCAUACAGCCAACUGGAAGAGCAAUUGGAGGCUCAAAAAGUGAAAGUAGAUAAUCUACAAUACGAUAGAUCCCUUUUAGGAAAAAAGUUAAUGGAAAAUGACUUUCAAAGACUAAAGCCGUUAGGUAUCGACCGAUAUGGCAAUAAGUAUCAUUGGCUAGAUUUGAGCGGCGCUGUCGUUCCAGAUAUUCAGGAGGAAGCAAACGACAAUUGGCGUCGGCAACAACAAUCGCAGUAUCAUUCUGGAAGAAUAUGGAUACAGGGCCCUAACGAAUCAACAGUCAGGUUUCUCUUAAACAUAUCCUACGCUGAAUUGAGAAAAUGGGUUGAGUUGGCAGAACGUGAAGGAAGUGCAUUUGCAACAAAAGAGGUUUUCCACAUCUAUAGAGCUUGUGAUGGUUCAUACAAGCUAAUAAGUGGGUCUGAUGAAUAUGAAAUUGUAAACAAGGAACAGAUUGCAAAUCCCCUGUUCGAAUUGACGCCAAUUCAAAAGAAAAUCAUCGACGAAACACCGCAAUCUUUAAUGCUCACGGAUAAAACAUGGUAUUGUUUGGAAAGAAUUGAAGAUCUGAGGAUGAUAAUGGAUUGGUUAGACACGUGGGGCCGAAGAGAACAUGAUUUGCUAAGACAAUUCAAAGGUAUUGAAGAGUAUCUGGAGAGCUCUUUUACAAUCCGUGAAAGGCGUCUUCUGUCGUUCAGUUCAGACGAUGCGGAGGAGAAACUUGUAAAAGAAUUUCAGGAGAAUGAACUGACCGCAGAGGAAAUUGGGUUCAGCAAAGCGGAGCUAAUUUCUUCUUCCACUAUGACAAAUGACUCAAACACAUCUGGAAACAAUGACUUUGUAAAACACGAAAAUGAAUUGGAAAAGAUUGCCGAAGAGAUAAUGAGACUGGAUGAUUGUUCAAAAACAAGAAAAAUUCUGGAUAGGAUUGAAAAACUUGAAUCACGCAGGGAUCGUCUAUUAGACAUCAAACAAGCCGUGGAGAGCUCAAUGGGACCUGGUGAAAGAGUACAGGCACGCACUGAGAAGAAACGUAUACGAAAUAUCAUUACAAGAAAGUUGGAAAAGCAGUCGGAGAUCCUUACCGACCUUCUGAAUCGCAGGCACUUCAAAGCAAUGGAGGACGUGAUAGAAUGGAAGAACGACCUGGCUAUUAGAAAAUGGGGAACUCCGUUGCGCAAAAAUGCUUCAGGUAACAAAAAAAAUAACAGCCCAGAUACCGUACACGACAAAUUGCAAGAGAUCAUGAACCUUACUUCGAGAACAAAAGAGGCAGCGACCGUCUGA